AUGGAUAAAAAACUCUGUCUUCAGCCACCUCGUCGGAAUAGUAUUAGUCGUGUGUUAAAGCGCCACUCUUCGACUCCGAGAAUAGGAGCUGAGACUCCAAUUAGUCUAGAGAAGUAUAUAAUGGCCAACUUUGAAACUUCAUUUGACCAGUUUUUUACUUCUAUAGAGAAGGACAAAGUACACUUCUUUUUGUCGACCAACUGGUUUCUGUCGAUUAACAAGCAGAGUGCAAGAAUAGUCGUUUGGUCUAUGGAACAUACCCAUCGACUCUUAUUUCAAAGACUUGUCAAUUAUAUAAAAAUGACUCAGAGAAGUCGAGCACUCAUUUUGCCUCUACUCUUCUUCGAAGGAAGUGUCCCUCCACCCACUCUCCGAGCUUUUCUACAUAUCGUGUUCAACAACAUCGAAUUCAUCUUCUGUCCAGAAGACAGUCAAGCUUCAUUUAAUUUUGAUGGAUCACUCCGCAGUUGCACGAUUGAGUUCCAUUGGAGGUCCUAUCUUGAAUCGCCCUUUCUAACUUCAAAUGUCUUCAUAUUGGAGUACUUCGUCUACAUCAACAAAGACAAUUUCAAAGACAAACUUAACCACUUGGCUGAGACUCUCGACAAGUACAAAAGGCAGAACCACAACAUCUACUUUCCAAGAAAGAGAAUGCAAGACUUAUUAUUGAGCUGGACAGUCAUAUUUAAAGAACAAGUCCCAACACAACUUGAUGAGUUACUGAAGACCAAAGUAUUCACUCUUGGUAUAGUCCAAGAACAAUUUGUUCAAGUGUUACAAAUGAGACGAGACACCAUAGUGAAGAGUCUUAAUAUGACUAAUCUCUUGAACACAGUCAACGAAGUGAAGACAGAGACUACACUCGAUGACUUAUUUAGACUCAAUUUGAUCACAUCAGAAGACUUCGCUAAACAAGUCAUCUUGUUCGACCACGACGCACUCAAAAACGUCUCGUUCAACGAAUUUUACACAACAAAGAACUUCAAUACACUGCAGAAGUAUAUUAAUAACGUAAAAGUCGUCGAAAAGCUUGCUAUCCACUUCUUAAGUAAAAUGCCAUCGAAGAAACUCAUUCAAUUCUUCAUUGAAAGUGCAUCGUAUUGUCACAAAUUGGGAGGGUUUAAUACUUCGUAUUUGAUAUAUGCUUCACUCUCACAUUUAAUGAUGAAACGAAUUCAAAUGUCCGAGUUGAGUUCAACGGCUCGACUCAUGUGGACUCACUUGGAGACACUCUUCUCGAUAAAACAGAACUUCAAAAAUUACUUCGCUACGUUUGAACUCUGUGGAUACCCAAAAAUCCCAAUCACUGCUAUGUGGAUGGGUGAAGUCAUCAGAUUCGACGACUUACCAACAUUUCUUGAAAAGGACAAACUCAAUAUGACAAAAGUCCGUUUAAUUUCUAAUGUCAUGAGUAACCUCUUCGCUUCAAGAGAAGCCAAAUUCAACUUCGAGAGAAACGUUGAUGUUCAAUGGUUGCUCUGUAAAUUCGGUAAAGAAAAUGCGACUUCAAAUAUUGAAGAAUGA